GCUGCGUGCAAUCGCUCCGAAAUCCUAACCCAGCCGUCUCCACUAAGGUCGAUCACGAGGGGUCAGGAUGUUCGGGACAGUCGCCUCGACAAAGUAGAGGCCUGGCUCCUCCAAACCCACGAGUUUCAGCGGUGCGAUAUUACUCGUCCAAAAGGUUUUUGUGAUCCUCUCUCUUUUGUUACGGUGGCCCAGGAGUAGGCAAGGCCUACAUCAGGUGAGGUGGGGUAUGCUGAAUAAAAGCCCGAGGAGUCGCAGUGCUGAUGGGCUGCUAGGAUAGCACGCCAGUAAUAGACAAAUUACGUGAGGAGGCUAGGGGCCAGAAUGUUGCGGCUGCUUGCUUCUGCUUUGACCACGUCGCUCAGAAUAAGAGUCUCCCACAAAUAUGUUUGGUUCCUUGUUGAAACAGAUUCUUGGUGCUAUGGAAAGGAUCCCGCAAGACACACCCCUAGCCUUUCAGGAGAGGGAGAAGGCCAUUGAAGAUCGGGGAUUAUGGGUUUCCGAAAUUGUCAAAAUUCUGGAGACUGUAUCAUCGAAGCGAACGUUUAUAUGGGUUGACAGGGUGGACAAAUAUGUGGGAUAGCAUCGACCCCGUAUUCUCGAUUCGCUUGUGAAACCCCUCCAGAGAUCACCGCAAGACGGCAUGGCAUCUCAGAGAUGAGGCUCAGAGGUAUGAUACCGGUAUCUUGUCGAGAAGGCUACAAUCCCACCCGUAGAGCCCAACGAAGAUGAUGCCGUAGGAUACAUCCGGAUGAGACUGAGCAAGGACGGAACCCCCGAUGCUAUAGAUUGUGCUCUACGGGUAAAAAUAUUCAAAAGCAUUCCGGAGAAUGUCGAAAAAGUUCGUAAGAGAAUCCUGAUUGCGAAUAUUUACCGCAGCUACUAAACCCAGUUUCUGCCAGUUUUUCCCAACACCUCAGAGGCGACAAAGGCUUAGAGUAGUGCCAGAAGGCAAGGAUCUAGGAGGUGUGUGCGGCGCAACUCUAGCAUGCAUAGAGGAGCAUGUUGGCACGCAAAAAAGGCCCAGGAUGGCAGCACCGAUGUGGAUUUCACAUUCGGAGCGCCCACCGCUAAUCAACGGGCUGCUCCACGCCCUACCGAUCGAGAUAUGGUCAGGGACUCUUAACACUAGUAACACCCCAACUAUAUAGCCUUUGUUGAACUGUUCCUCAGGACUUGUCACCGUUAAUGAGGGGGCCUCGGCCAUCGGCUUGAUCUAUGUCACACUCCAAGAGGAUAUCUCCACUGGCCCCGACCUAUUGGUGGAGCUCACUCGAUAACCGCGGAGACCUGCCGGAUAUGCCUAAAUUCCCAGCAUAUAGAGGACCUUUUACCAACCCCCGAUGCUGCCCCCCAAUCGACUCACUUUCUUCAAUGUUCUCCCUCCUACCGGGAAGCUCAUGCAAGUGAACCUAUCUGUUUCAAGGCGGUGAACUUUCAAACCACGGGGGAUGCAAAGGGUUGACACUACUAAGGCGUAGUGAAAAGUUUUUUCCUGCUAGUCUGAUUGGAAAGAAAAUGGGCAUUGAUGUCGGAGGAUCUGGGCCUUAUGGUAUCGUCUCUACAAGUCAUAUAUCUCGCCCAUGUUUAUAUUCCUUGACCAUCACAACCGUUCAUAUUACUGCUGUUAACCUUUUCUACCACAUUUAUUACCAGCGUCAUUCAAAAGAACUCACUCUCUUUUUAACCAUCCUCCGCAUACCUUAAAACUACCUUCCGAGGAUGCCACUCAGUACCGUAUCGGGUUUGUGUAAAAGCAACGGCCAAAGAAACGUUCACAUUGGCAGUCGAGAAUGAGUUUGCGUGAGUGGUAAAGCUAAUAAAAGCUCAUUAGCCCCCAACCAACGGUGCCGUUUAGGAGUGGCCGGUUGUCAGUUGUCUUACAGCCCUUGAAGGAGGGCGUGUUCUAUACUCAAGGCUCCACAUGGGCUAACUAUCCACCUCCGAACAUUGUUCAACAUCCCGGAGCCCUCUUUGCAUUCUUGCGGGCAUCACCGUCUCGCUCUUCCCUCUCUCUCUCUCUGGGCCCAUCCUGAAACCUCU